CAAGGGCGGGAAAGUCCGGGAGGGGCGGGGCCAGGUGCGCCGAGGGCCUCCCUGUGCGCAGCUCCGCCCCGGGGGUGGGGCCUCACCUGCGGCAGGCAGGUAGGCGGCUACCUGGUAACCUGGGCCUGGCCCGGGAGGCUUGGGCGCGCGCAGCCAGCCCCGGCCACGCCAGGGACCGAAGGACGCAGGUACAGGCGGCCGCCGGCGGGACGGGAGGCUGGGCGAGGGGCCUGCACCCGCUCACUAUGUUCGAAGGACGGUUCUCCAAGUUGCUGCAGAAGCUCGCCUUCUUUGGCUCGAGCCACAAGUACGAGCUGCUGGCGAAGGGCGAGUUGGAAACCUUGAUUGAUGGACAAAAUGACUUGAAAGCCAUCGAAAAGGAGAAGACAGUGGUGGCGGUGGCACCCAAGGAAGCAAGCAAAUGCCACCGAGAGGACCUGGCCAAAGCAUUUUACGUAGAUUUACAGAACGGGCUGUCAGAGUUCUCAGUGACGCAGCGCAGGCUGGUCCAUGGCUGGAAUGAGUUUGUUGCUGAUAACACGGAACCUGUGUGGAAGAAAUAUCUCGAUCAGUUCAAGAACCCCCUGAUCCUGCUGCUCCUGGCCUCUGCCUUGGUGAGCGUCCUCACAAAGAAGUAUGAAGACGCCAUCAGCAUCGCCGUGGCUGUGCUGAUCGUGGUCACCGUCGCCUUCAUCCAGGAGUACAGGUCAGAGAAAUCUCUGGAAGAGCUGACAAAGCUGGUUCCCCCCGAAUGCAACUGCAUAAGAGAAGGAAAGCUCCAGCACCUGCUAGCUCGAGACCUGGUACCUGGAGACAUUGUGUCUCUCUCCAUCGGAGACCGCGUCCCUGCUGACAUCCGUCUCACAGAGGUCACAGACCUCCUGGUGGACGAGUCCAGUUUCACGGGAGAAGCCGAGCCAAGCAGUAAGACAGACACCCCGCUGACAGGCGAGGGUGACCUCACGACCCUGAGCAACAUCGUCUUCAUGGGGACCCUGGUGCAGUGCGGGAAGGGCCAGGGUGUCGUGAUCGGAACAGGAGAAAAGUCUCAGUUCGGAGAAGUGUUUAAGAUGAUGCAGGCUGAAGAGACGCCUAAAACUCCUCUACAGAAAAGCAUGGACAAGCUGGGGAAGCAACUGACACUCUUCUCAUUCGGCAUAAUUGGCCUGAUCAUGUUCACUGGCUGGCUGCAAGGGAAACACCUGCUCAGCAUGUUCACCAUCGGGGUCAGCCUGGCUGUGGCCGCCAUCCCCGAGGGUCUGCCCAUCGUCGUCACGGUUACGCUGGUCCUGGGAGUGCUGCGCAUGGCCCGGAAGCGAGUCAUUGUGAAGAAGCUGCCGAUCGUGGAGACCUUAGGUUGCUGCAACGUCAUCUGUUCCGAUAAGACGGGGACUCUGACUGCCAACGAAAUGACUGUCACCCAACUCGUAACAUCUGAUGGGCUCCUCGCCGAGGUCAGCGGAGUUGGCUACAACGGCAAUGGGACUGUCUGCCUUUUACCCUCCAAGGAAGUCAUUAAGCAGUUUUCCAACGUCUCGGUGGGGAAAUUAGUGGAGGCCGGCUGUGUUGCCAACAACGCCAUCAUCAGAAAAAACACCGUGAUGGGGCAGCCGACAGAGGGUGCCUUGGUGGCCCUGGCAAUGAAGAUGGACUUAGGCGAUAUUAAAGAUUCAUACGUCCGAAAGAGAGAGAUCCCGUUCAGUUCGGAGCAGAAGUGGAUGGCGGUUCAGUGCAGCUCCAAGAACGAGGAGCGGGAAGAUAUGUACUUCAUGAAGGGGGCCUUUGAGGAGGUGAUUCGUUACUGCGCCAUGUACAACCAUGGGGGCAUCCCCCUGCCGCUGACGCCCCAGCAGCGAGCCUUCUGCCAGCAGGAGGAGAAGAAGAUGGGAUCCCUGGGCCUGCGAGUGCUGGCCCUGGCCUCCGGGCCUGAGCUGGGAAAGCUGACGUUUCUGGGUCUCAUCGGAAUCAUCGACCCUCCCAGGGCUGGCGUGAAGGAAGCAGUCCAGGUUCUCUCGGAGUCGGGCUUGUCCGUGAAGAUGAUAACGGGGGAUGCUCUGGAGACGGCCUUGGCGAUAGGAAGGAACGUCGGUCUGUGCAACGGGAAGCUGAGCGCCAUGUCCGGGGAAGAGGUGGAAAGCGCGGAGCAGGGAGAGCUGGCCGAGCACAUCGGGAAGGUGUCCAUCUUCUACAGGACCAGCCCAAAGCACAAACUCAAAAUCAUCAAGGCUCUGCAGGAAACAGGGGCGAUUGUGGCCAUGACCGGGGACGGGGUGAACGACGCGGUCGCCCUGAAGUCGGCGGACAUCGGCAUCGCCAUGGGGCAGACGGGGACGGACGUCAGCAAGGAGGCCGCCAACAUGAUCCUGGUGGACGACGAGUUCUCGGCCAUCAUGAACGCAGUGGAGGAAGGCAAGGGGAUUUUUCAUAACAUCAAGAACUUUGUCCGCUUUCAGCUGAGCACGAGCAUCUCGGCCUUGAGCCUCAUCACGCUGUCCACCGUGUGCAACCUGCCCAACCCCCUCAAUGCCAUGCAGAUCCUGUGGAUCAACAUCAUCAUGGACGGGCCGCCGGCACAGAGCCUGGGUGUGGAGCCAGUGGACAAGGACACACUCCGACAGCCGCCGCGGAACGUCAAGGACCAGAUCCUGAGCCGAGCCCUUGUCCUGCGGAUCCUCCUCUCGGCCACCACCAUCAUCAGCGGGACCCUCUUCAUCUUCUGGAAGGAGAUGCCCGAGGACAGGGCAAGCACCCCGCGCACCACAACCAUGGCCUUCACCUGCUUCGUGUUCUUUGACCUCUUCAACGCCUUGACCUGCCGCUCCCAGACCAAGCUGAUCUUCGAGAUCGGCUUCCUCCGGAACCGCACGUUCCUCUACUCCGUGCUCGGCUCCAUCCUGGGACAGCUGGCCGUCAUUUACACGCCGCCCCUGCAGAGGGUCUUCCAGACGGAGAGCCUGGGGGCGCUGGAUUUAUUGCUUUUAACCGGAUUGGCCUCGUCCGUGUUCAUCUUGUCAGAGCUCUUCAAGCUAUGUGAAAAGUUCUGCUGCAGAGCCCAGAAAGCCCAGACCCCCCAGGAAGAUGUAUAGUGGACCCUGACCCAUGGAAAGGUCCCUAAAUCUCUAUUUUUAUGUGACUGUGGCCCUCUGCCUGCUCCGUCCCUUCCGAGACGUGUCUGAGGACACGACAGUGUUGGGUCUGCUCACCUGGCUGUUCCUGGGGAGCCGGUGGGGAGUGCAGGCCCAGCCCUGAGUCCUCGGUCCCUGUGUGCAUCCGCCGCUCCGUGCUGCCGGGCCCCGGGACGAUCCAUGAGGAGCCAGCACUAUUUAUUAAAUGAUGGUGAUUUUUA